AUGGAAAGUAAUACAAAUCAGAACCUUCCUGAACAAAAGAAGAGGAAGGUAAAGAAUGCAUUUACAGAAGAAGAGGACCAGAAACUUAUUACUCUUGUUAGAGAGUACGGAUGUUCAGAUUGGAAUACAAUUGUUCACUUUAUGCCGGGUAGAACAACAAGACAAAUUCGUGAAAGAUACAAAUUAUAUCUGGCACCAGAAAUUAAGAGUGAUCCAUGGACAGAAGAUGAAGACAAAUUACUUCACGAACUUUAUGCAAAACACGGCCCGAAAUGGGCAACUUUUACACCAUAUUUUAACAACAGAACACCAAUAAAUAUCAAAAAUCGUUAUAAACAAAUCAUAAGACACGUUGUAAGACAAAAUCGAAAAGGAAUUAAAGCAGAAGUUACAGAUCCUCUUGUCAUUACUCAUAAUAUGUGCAUGGAAAAGAUAAGAGGUGAAAAAUUAAAGAUUCUCAUUCAAAUUCACAAUCAAAUUGAACAAACUAAGACUCAGCAACUCCAACAGCCAGAAGCAUAA